AUGAUCAAUGCCUUUCUGGUCUUCAACGGCCAAGGCCAGCCCCGGCUGACCAAGUUCUACACCCAGCUGGAAACCAGCAUCCAGCAGCGGCUGAUUUCGGAAAUAUUCACCCUGGUGUCGAACCGCCCCGCCGGCUCCUGCAACUUCCUGCCGCUGCCUCCGCUCCUCGCCGCCUCGGGCACCUCCCACUCGUCCGACGAGGAGCAAAACGACGUGCCGUCCCUGGUCACGUACCGAAACUACGCCACCCUCUACUUCAUCGUCAUCUCGACAUCGACCGAGUCGCCCCUCGCGCUCAUCGACCUGAUUCAGGUCUACGUCGAGGCCCUCGACAAGCUUUUCGAGAAUGUCUGCGAGCUGGACCUCAUCUUCAACUUUGAGACCCUGCACGCCGCGCUGUCCGAGAUGAUCAUUGGCGGCGUCGUCAUCGAGACGAACCUGGACCGCAUCGUCUCGGGCGUGCGCGCGCAGGGGACCGUGGCCAAGCGGCCGGUGAACGAGGGGAGGAGCACGGGCAUUGGCUCGGGUCUGGGCAUGAGUGCGAAUUUCGCCUGGGCUACGAGAUGA